CCUUCCGUCCAAAUGCAUUAGAGAGCUGGUUUAGGCUUACACCCUUGGCCGGUGUUCCCGCGACUGUGAACAAUGACCAAACCGCAACGGAGUUUCGCGGCAGCGGCGGAGAAGAGGGAUGAAUCUCCGGCGUCCGCCGCCGCCGACCAAAGAAAGAAACGCCGUGGAACUCCGACCACAAUACUGUCCCUCGACCACGACAUCAUGUGCAUAAUCUUCGCUUUCCUCGACAUGUUCGACCUCGUUCGCUGCUCUCUCGUUUGCAAAUUUUGGAACGCAAUCGUCGAGUCUCGGUCGCUGCGAGAGUUUUAUGACAGGAAGCUGAAGCAUUCUUCCACCUUCACUUCGAGUUCAUCUGAAUUUACCGAAAAGCCCUUGAGGUUGAUUUUAAGGGAAGUAGCUAUGGAGCAGCAUAGAUUAGCCCUUCAAAGUGGUGUGUUUCAUGUUGAUCAGUGGAGGGGUCAUUCAAAAACGGUUGCACAGUGCCGAAUGAAAAUGGGCAUGGUUGUCACUGGCGUGGGUGAUAAGGUUAUUCGUCUCUGGUCAUUAGACAACUACAAAUGCAUGGAAGAGUACUUGAUACCAGAUAUGUUCCCUCUUGUUGACUUUGAUUUUGAUGAGAGCAAGGUUAUUCGUCUCUGGUCAUUAGACAACUACAAAUGCAUGGAAGAGUACUUGAUACCAGAUAUGUUCCCUCUUGUUGACUUUGAUUUUGAUGAGAGCAAGAUUGUUGGUCUAAUUGGUAGUCGGUUAUGCAUAUGGAGGCGGAAUGGGAAAAGAAGCAUAUUUCCUUCACUUGAAGGCAAAUUUGUAAAAGGUUCAUGCAUACGUUACUCUGAUCCUGAAGCUGUGGUUGGAUGUGAUGAUGGGGCUGUACGUGUUUUUGACAUGUACAGUAGGAGAUGUUCUCAAAUAAUAAGAAUGCAUUAUGCACCUAUAACUUGUUUAUGUUUGAGUGAAGAUCAACUGAUACUGAGUGGCUCUACUUCAGGGAAUAUCACAAUAUCAGAUCCUUCCUCUGUUCAGCAAGUAGCAACACUUAGAUCAAGUGAUGUCAGAGGCAUACGAACCUUAUGUUUAAAUACCUCCUCUCAGCUAGUGUUUGCUGGAUCAUCUGUUGGACAUACAUCUUGUUGGGACCUUAGGACAAGGAGACUGUUGUGGGACACACGAGUGAGUCCUAAUGUUGUAUACUCUAUACAGCACAUGCCAAGCGACACAUCAACAUUAGCUGUUGGUGGAAUAGAUGGUAUCUUAAGAUUUCUAAAUCAGAAUGAUGGAAAUAUUGUUUCAAGUUGUAUUAUUCAGGAUAAAUUGUUAUCAACAUCUCAAAGUCCUUCAGGAUCCAUUCAAAGAAGGAAAGGGAGGAGAUUGCCCGAAGAUACCUACAUAAAUAUUGACAUCAUUCCAAAGAGUGUUCGACCCUCUAUUACAUGCCUCGCCGUUGGAAUGAAGAAGAUUGUUACCACACAUAAUAGUAAUGACAUUAGAUUGUGGAAAUUCAACUGAAAGGCAAUACUCCUACGUUGUAAAAUUAAGAUCCUCUGUGAUAAUAGUUUGGGAUAAUUAUCAUGUAGGAAUAAGGCCUACGCAGUGAGCAAGAGAAAAUUACUCUCUUUUUUCUUAAAAAAAAUAUAUUUAUAUAAUCAAUUCAUUUUGUUGUACUAUAACAGUGGUCUUUUUCAU